AUGGAAGACGUCCUGUCCCGAGCUUGGGCGCUGGUAAAAUGGGAGGAAGAUGUCGCCAGUCGAGCUAAGGCGCAGCAAAAGCAAGAUCCCAAGGCGAUCAGAUCAGACCGAACCGAGCGAGAUGAGAAACCCUCUCAAAGACCAGCCAGGGACUCCGGGAAUCGAAACCAGGGCAUAUACCAGAACCCGCUGAUCAAGAAGGCAGAAGGGAUGGCAAUCGAGGUCAAAGAGUUGCUUAAGAAAGGACACCUCAGGGAGUUCUUUUCCAAGAAGGCCAAGAGCCAUCUAAGCAAAGAGACAACGGGAAAGCCCACUGAAGCUGCUCCAGUCUCACCACCUCGACAGGACCGAGUGAUACAUGUCAUAUCGGGAGGUUCGGAGAUCAGCGGAAUAAGCCACGCAGCCCCGAAGAAGAGCACUUGGAACGCCAAGCACGGCCUAGAGGCAGCCAAGCCGAAACGCCUACUCCUGGAUACGGACGAAAUAAGUUUCACGGCCAAGGAGCAGGAAAAGAUUCUCACCCCACAUCAUGAUGCCCUGGUCAUAUCGCUCACUGUAGCGAACUGCCUGGAGAAAAGGAUAUUGGUAGAUAAUAGAAGCUCCGUCAACAUCAUCUUCCAGGCCGCAUACAAGGAUCUGGGGAUGGAGGAAAGCGCUCUAACUCGGAGGAUAACCCCACUCAUAGGGUUCAGCGGAGAAGUCAAGCAGACCGCCGGAGAGGUGACCCUCCCGGUGUACGCUGAAGGGAUCAACAUGUCAACCAAGUUCCUUGUUGUUGACUGCGAUUCAUCCUACAAUAUGAUCCUCGGGUGGCCUUGGAUCCACGGCAUGGGAGCCGUCCCUUCGACUCUUCACCAGAUGGUUGAUAGACCAUGGAUUUGA